AUGGUGGAAACUCGACAUAUGUUUGAGAGCGAAGAACAAAUACUGGUGCCGAGAGUUGACACUCGGCUGUCACUGCCAUCGGUGCCGGCGGCUGUCGUCGUGCCGUCCCCUCGCCGACAGUCACCGGUUCCGCCGCCGCCCCUAACGAACAAUCACAACAGCGACCCGACUCACCAUAAGCGCCGACACCACAGGCACCACAAACCCGCACACCAUAGCAAUCAUAACCAUAAUCGCGACAAUUAUGUAAAUAAUGUAGUAUUCAAUGCGAGUGAUCAUCACUCGAGGCAUCACUCAUCGACACCACCGACCGCUGACAGCGACUUCAGGACGUCCAUCACGACCAGGGAUUUCCUACUAUACAGCCGAUGCAGUCAACAGUAUGUCAGCUUUUUGCACAAACACAUCGGCACCACCGUCUCGGACACGGAUAGAUUCGGAAUACGUAUCAAAUCCAAGAUCGGCGGCGUCUACCUGUGCUUUAAUAAUAGGGGUCGACUCACCACUAAGUUUGACGCCACGAACAUCGAGUGCCUAUUCAAAGAGGUGACCGAAAACCGGUUCAUAAAGUUCCAGUCGCUGUACAACCCGGACUGGUAUAUCGGCGUGAAUAAGCAUGGUAAAACCAUACCCCAGCAGAUACCCCUGUCCCACAAGACCAUACCGCACUCCAAGCGCAGAAAGUGCUACCAUUUUGUGAAGAAAACGCCACAAACACCGUCACCGCCACCACCGCCGGACUCCAGUCACGAAGUCCUACAUAAUUACGACACUAAUAUCAAGCCGUUGAGCGCCGGCGGCAGCAAUACAUACCAUAACCCGCACCACACCCGACAUCAUCCACAUAAGCCUAAUGGCAAACCAGUGAUUACUAAGAGACUUGUGUUGAGUCCGACGUCCAAACACUGGGCCACUACUACCGGGCCCCUCCAUAGCCAAUACCCCCGCACACACGACGUGGUAAUCAAAGCCAACAUCUCUGAUCCCUGA